AGAGAGCGACGUUUGUCGGAAAACGGGUGGUGGUGAAUAUAACUCCGUGUUCCUGUUUACGUCUGGUUGAAAUUUCAGGAAAGAGAAGGCGACAGUGACGGUGUAGUCCGAUCCGAUCCGAUCCGAUCCGCGCCUCAGAAAGAGGUUUUAAAGUGGUAUUUUGCAGUAAACCCUGCAGCAGUGCGCCUGCGCGUCUCCUGUCGUUAGACAGGCCGCUUCAAUGCAUUACAGAGAGCCGUUAUCACCGCGGAGAUGGACGCCAGCGACCUGUUCUCCAGCUGCAGGAAGGGAGACGUUGCCCGAGUGAGGUACCUGGUUGAACAGAGAGAUGUGGAACUGAAUAUCCGAGAUAACUGGGACAGUACGCCUCUGUACUAUGCAUGCCUCUGUGGACAUGAGGAGUUGGUGCAGUAUUUGUUGGCCAGUGGUGCGAAGUGUGAAGCGAACACGUUUGAUGGGGAGCGAUGUCUAUACGGUGCUCUGAGCGACUCCAUACGCCGCCUGCUCAAGGAGUACAAGCGUAUCACGGCUAAAACCAUGCAGCGGGAUUACUACGAGCAGUUCCUGCAGACGCUGCUGGAGCAGGGCUCAUACAGCGAUGUGACGUUCAUGGUGCACGGUGAGAUGUUCCGCACGCACCGCUGCAUCCUCAGUGCCCGCUCCGAAUACUUUGCCCACAUGCUGGAGACCAAGUGGAAGGGCAAGACCAUGAUCGCUCUCAAACAUCCACUGGUGAACCCGGCUGCGUUCGCUGCCAUCCUGCAGUACUUCUAUACGGGUCGGCUAGACAUCGACGUGAAUUACGUAGAGGACUGCAAGCGUCUGGCCAAGCAGUGCAAAAUCAGCGAGCUCAUCGAGGAGCUGGAGGUCAAGUGCAAGCAGGUGCAGGAGUUUGUGUCCAAUAAACCGGGAACAUGUGUGAAGGUGCUCACUCUGGAUCCUCACGACUGGCAGCUGCAGGACGGCAUGGCUCUGUUAGCCGACAGCGCUCUCCCCGCUGAUCUCAGGGUCGGAUACGGGCAGCUUCCUUUUGAUUUGACUGACAGUUUUCCGAGCUACCCCGACAUCUGCUUCCGGGUGGACGGGUAUGACUUCCUGUGUCAUAAGGCUUUUUUCUGUGGCCGUAGCGAUUACUUUAAGGCGUUGGUGGAAGAUCAUUUCAGUGAAGGAGAAACCUUGCAGUCUCGCCCUGAAGUUCCUGUCAUCACCCUACAUGAUGUAUCUCACGAGCUAUUCACCAAAAUCCUCUACUACAUCUACAGUGAUAACACACAGCUGUCCCAUGAUAGCGUGUAUGAGGUGCUGUGUGUAGCAGACAUGUACCUGCUGCCGGGUCUGAAGCGUCUGUGUGGUCGCACGUUGGCUGCGCUGCUCAGCGAAGAAAACAUUCUGCACAUGUGGAAGACGGCCAAGCUGUUCAGCCUGUCGCGCCUCGAGGACCAGUGCACAGAGUACAUGGCCAAGAUCAUCGAAAGGCUGGUGGAAAGGGCGGAGUUUGCAGAGCUUAUCCGAGAGGACGCUGCGAACGUGGCGGCGCGCCAGGAGACGGACUCCAUCCCGCUGGUGGACGACAUCCGCUACCACAUCAGCAGCAACGUUCAGACGUACAGCGCCAUCGAGGAGGCCAACCAGAAAGUGCACGCCCUCGAGCUCCUGCUCAAUCACAUCGGCCUCGACUGCUGAACACACACAGGCCGAUGUGUAGGAGAACACCGUGUGAUGUUAUGGCUUUAUUUAUGCUUUCUGCACACCUGAAAUGAGUAGCGUUCUAUUUUAGAAUAACAACCUUAACUCGUACUAAUAUACAACCACUCUGAGUGAAGAUUCUAGAAAAAAGCUUGAAGUAAGUUUACUUAUUGUUUUUACUUUGGAUUCGAUUCCGUUCUUGAACAAGAACUAGUCAAAUCUUUUGUGUAUAUCUGUCUAGCGUCAGUUACAUAAUACAGUAAUAAUGAAAUUAGUUAGGGCUGCUAAAAAAUAUUCAUGCUUUACAGUUAGUUCAGCAAUUUAGGAACGAAAUAGCUUUAAUGCAGCCUUUGGAAUAAACAAUUAAAUCUAAUUAUCUGUCGCAUUGUACUUGAUCAGCCUAUAUUCCUUCAGAUGCACAAAAAAAAAAUUAUGAGCAAAUUAUUAAUUUUCGAAGAAUGAUUUUAUCUUGAUCCAAAUGAAUAAACAGGCCACGGGAAUCCUGUGACUUAAUCCUGCAUCUAAAACUUGUAUUUAACAGUUAUUCCACAAAAUCAAGUCGUACAUGAGCUGAUAGCCGACGAGGCGCGUAGCACCGAGUUGUCUAUAAUCCAUGUACGACGAGAUUGAGUGGAAUAACUGUUUUAUUCUGUCCACAUUCACUGGAUUUUGAGAAACGGAGCAUUUUUAUUGUUAUUUUUUUGCAAAUUCGAUCAGUAAAAACUUUGUACAAAACGUCCAACAAAAUCAUUUCCGCUUAGAAUGUAAACAAACCGGCGAAAUGAGAGGAGCAAUUUUGUGAAAAAUGCGUUUAAUAAUAAUUAUUAAAAAAUUUAAAAAUGAUACGUUCUUACCAUCAAGUACUUUUCAUUCCAUAUUUUGUUGCUCUUUUGUAUUUUUUUUUGGGGGGGGGUUGUUGUCGAGGAGAGUUUUUUAUUUCGUUCUUGGUUGGUUCAGCAGCACGCUCUGCCAUUUUGUUUUUCUCUACUCAUGGUAUAUGAGCUGAUAGCCUAGUAGUAGAGGAGCCAAUCAGAGCGUGCAUUUGCUCAUAUCCAGUGAAUGUGGUUAGCAUUUAAUUAUUCUAUCCAAUCUCUGUAUCUUUAGCUAAGCUGGCCAACAUUGGAGUUAAUUAUGUUGAAUUAAUUAAGGAAACUGACGUAUGAUCAUGUUAAGCAAGAGUGCUUUCUUUUCUUCACUGCUACAAUAGUGAGGUCAUUUCAUUAAAAAAAAAAAGUUUACCUGCACGAUUUGGUAGUGUGCUAUUUGUUACAAAUGAUUAUGCAGCACAAAACAUCCAGGUUAUGUUUAUUUCCGUUUGUUGUAUGUGAGGAGGUUAUGUAAUUCAGCAAUCAGUAACGACUGGCAUCUAAUUGGAGCCAAGCAGCCCCCUUUUUUUUUUUUUUUUAAAAGCUAAGCUCACAUUAUUAUAAUAAUAAUAAUAUGAUGAUGAUGAUGAUCUGUUCAGCCCUAAUAUGAUGAUGAUAUGGCCUCAUUAUGAUAAUCUGAUCUUAUAAGUGAUUUCUUUCUCUUCAUUAUAAAGCUCAUGGGGUCAUGUAUAGAAGAUUUAUAAGACCUUAGAGUUGACCUACAGGAUCAGAAAUAUAAAAUAUUCCAAAAUAUUUAAAGUUUUUUUUUUUUUUUUUAUAAUUAAUUUUUCCCCCUUUCUCAGUGAGAUCUUUUCAUAUAAGCUGAAAUAGUUUCUGGGGGGGGAAAGGAAGUCUGUAAAUGAAGAGAUGGGUUUGUGACACACUUUCGUUGUUGUGUUGAUGAGUGGUGUGUGUGUGUGUUGGUGUCAUGACCGGCGCUGGAGUUAUUGCGCUUUAUCUGUGAUUUAUAAUACAUAUACAUAGCUAUGAUGUACGUGUAGAUGUACGAGUCCAGAUGCAGUCCUCACUGGUCUCUUCAGGUCACGCUUUGGUUCAGUGACAGAUCAUGCUCUCUUGUCUGUUGUUACCUGACUCAGGUGUGUUUACAAUCUGGACGGGGGGGGAAUGGAUUGGGUUCAAACAUGGAUGGAUUUUUUUUUUUUUUUUUAACUCCAUGAUGAGAGCUUGGAAUUAUAAGGUUCUGAUGUGUUUUUUCUUUAAAAAUGAUGCGUGUUAUUUACAUGAUGCUAAAUAUUUUGGCUUGUUUGCUGAAGUCUUCUUUUGAAGAUUCUGAAUCCUGAUUGACCAGAAGGUUUUUUUUUUUCCCUCCUCCUAGAACAGCAGCUUGAACAUUAGUAAAGCCUGUCCUUCAUUCGGCUCACAGAUUACUCUUAAUGCACUCAUUUUUUUAAAAAAUCCGUUAUCAUUUCUGCGGUAACAACUUGCGCAUUUUUGAAGGAGUCUCCAGUGUCAGUGCGCUGUAGCAGUCAGAAGAUGGAGGCCUUUGUGCUUUGCGCUUGUCCUUUAAUUAACAAAUGGCUGUAAUCAUUAUCGACUUGCUGUGGUAGAACAGGAAUAAAACACUGAGACAUGCUGUUAUUGGAAAAUAAUCACUAAUAUUAAAAUCACAAAAUGCGUCAGAACCUUAUUUCCUUAACAUUUAUUUACGGCGUUAUUUAACAGCCAAGGUCUUGAUUUAUUUAGUUGUGCAAUAUUAUACUGUAUAACAGUCUUUACAUUUUGAUAUGUUUAUCUCAGUCUGGUGUUUUUGUUGUACUUUUUGUUUUACUUUAGUGGGUUUUUUUUUGUGGUGUUUCAGUUUGUGGUGGCCUCAGAGGAACAGUGUAGCAUGAAAAAUGUAAUUUCCACUAUACACCCUUGUCCAAGUGUUGUAGACCAGCUGAGACCCCCCCCCCUUUCCAGUUUUGCACUAGGAUGAGAAGUUUAAUGUUCCUAAGAACAAAGAACCAUCAGUUUAGUCUCAUGUAAACUGCAUGAAACAUCACACACUUGUAUCAGAACACAUUUUUGGCUCAGUUUGUUGAUAUACAAUUUAAUAAAAUGGCAUGAAAUGUAAGUGUUUAUAAUCAGUGCUCAUCUGGUAGCUAUUAGCUCUCAUUAGCUGUUCACAACAUUAGCCUUUUAGCUAAAAUAAACGUCAUACGGCAAACAUGUCUUGGCUGAUCGACUACAGUGAGAAGGGUAACUGAAAGUCCAGAUCAUAUUGUCUCAAUGGCUUUGUUUUUGUACAUGUGUAUGUGUGAUUGAUUGAGAGAAAGAAUGAGCGUGUUGGACAAAAACAGCGUGACCGUUUUGCUCUAGAAUUGAUGCAGAAUGCACACGAAUUCCUAAACUGCAGUAAUAUUUUCACACUGGCAUGUAGUUACUUUUUGUGUGUAUAAAAACCCAGUGCAUAGAAGCAAAUAAAUAAAAGCCCUGUUUGAA